UGGAGUUAAGAUUAAUUAUUAGGUAGUUCAUUGACGUAUCUAUAUUCUUCUCGAAAUUCUCUGAUGUGUCAUAUAAUUUCUUUAUCUUUCAUUGAAUGGUACAUACAUGCAGUUGCGCAAACUUAAUAUCGACUCACAGUUUACGUUCGCGCUUGUUUCCUCAUCGAGCCCACGUCUCUUUGUGUCAGCGCGCACGUGUCCGGUGUACGCCUCGCUGUUAGCAUUCUCGGUUUCUUCUUGCGAAAAACUCGCAUGAACAAUGCUUCCGGAAAAAGUAUCUUCGAAGAACGAAACUCGAGGCUCGGUACAAUUCGUUUAGAACGUAGCUAGGAUGCAUAAUAAGGAUGUACGAAGUAAGCAUGGUACUAAACGAAAAACGUCGUCAAUCGAAAUCUGCAUGUUGUCUCCGACAAUAUACCUAAUUCAUUGUGAAGACCCAAAGGCUCUCAGCUCGUGAAGUGGUCCACGAGAAAGGGUUCGGAAACGAGAAAAACACGGAUUUCCUUGCUAGCGAAAAUAAGUACUGUCGCGUAUUAACAUCGAUUUAUUAUUCUAGUUAUCUGGUUUUUGUUGCGAAGUCUGUUGAAAUCGAACGAGCCGGUGACGUCGAGAGAUACGUCGCAUCGUCGGGAUACGCGCAUUUACUGUGACGUACGAGUACGGCCGGCCUGAAAACCGGUUUCUCUGCUUGUUCGCGUUUAGAUUAUCAACGAGUACUUAAAUUGCAAUGAUAGAACUCUUUCGGUCAGGCAUAAGAUCUACGCCGGAGAACAGCAGGGGACAUUCGGAAUGUACGAUGACACAAGAAUUUGCAACGAUCAGAUCUGAGAUUUUCAUGGGAACAGCUUGCAAAAUGCAUCUUGGUGUUCGGUCGGGGGGUAAACCGGAGUCUAUCAUUCUUAAACACGGAUGCACUCGCACAAUCACACUGUGUUGUGCGUGUGCGUGCACCCGUUUUCGUAGUACGCACCACGGCCACGUUCGCAUAGGGGUGCGCUCGCUUCUCCCCUCAGGUGUCCCAACCUAACCUACCCCUACUUCGGUUGGUAUCCCUCGGUUCGGCCAAUCUGUGCCCCCCUCGUCCAUCCCUUCCACGAUCCAGGCUUCUCCCACGCCGUCGGGAUCGAGGAGGCGAGCGUACAGCUGCCACACUGUGAACUGUGAAGUGCGAGAACUGGAGAGACGCGCACCGACGCCGCCGCCGUUUGCCGUCUAACCGGCCGUUUCGUUAACCUACAAUUCUAAACAGAGCGAGAAAGGAACACGAGGGUGAACUGCAAGAGGAGGAGGUUCGCUGUGAGACGAACAGAGUGGUCGUUCGCGUGCGAAUAUCGUGUGUGGUGUCCAAGUCGUAAGCCGGUCCUGCUGUCAUCAAACGGCGUCCCGUUUCCUUUCUACAACAGCGGGCCCUUUGUUCGAAACGGUUUGCCAGGGAUCGGCACGAGGUACCACGCUCGUUCAGUCGCCGUGUUCGUCCUCUUUGUUCCCGGUUUCGUUCUCAGCUCCGUUCGCGGGGUCGUUGUGGCCUUGAACUUGUGUGCCUACGUGUAUGUACAUCGCGUCGAGUGACAGUGUGUGGUUCGUUUAACCUGUGCGACGUCGCGAAGGUGAGAGACGCGAACAGCGUGGAGGAGAGAAAGCACAGGAGAUUCAGGGUCCAGGGAGCGGCGAUCCUGGAAACCGUGUCCGACCAUGUUCCCGUACACGACCUUCCCGGCAGUAGGGCCCUCGACGACCGUUUUCGGCGAAGAGGAUCAGAGGGAGGAGGGUGGAAAAUGAGUUAGAGGCGCGCGGAUGAUCAUCGGCGAGCACGAGACCGGGACCGAGAACAUUCCUGUUCCUCUGUCUGUUUGUUUUCAAAGAUGCAGCGCCGGCAUGGAGACGGCGAACGGUGCGAUCGAGCACGAUUUUCACAACGCCCUGGUGCCUAUAAACGGUAGCCAUUCCGGCAGCUCCGGGAGGAGUACGCCGAAUGGUGGCGAUCCGGCACCCGGAAAACUGUUCGUCGGCGGCCUAUCCUGGCAGACCAGCAGCGAGAAGCUCAGGGAAUACUUUGGGAUGUUCGGCACCGUCACCGAUGUCCUGAUCAUGAAGGAUCCCGUUACGCAGCGUAGUCGCGGCUUCGGUUUCAUCACGUUCGCCGAGCCCGGUAGCGUGGACAAGGUGCUGAAAUGUCCGAUCCACACGUUGGAUGGGAAGAAGAUCGACCCGAAACAUGCGACGCCGAAGAACCGAGCGAAACAAGCGAAUCGCACCAAGAAGAUAUUCGUCGGCGGGGUGAGCCAGGACACUAGUAGCGAUGAAGUGAAGGCCUACUUCAAUCAGUUCGGGAAGGUCGAGGAAACGGUGAUGUUGAUGGACCAGCAGACGAAGCGGCACCGCGGCUUCGGCUUCGUCACCUUCGAGAACGAGGACGUGGUCGACCGAGUGUGCGAGAUUCACUUUCACACGAUCAAGAACAAGAAGGUCGAGUGCAAGAAGGCUCAGCCGAAGGAGGCGGUGCAGCCGGGCGCCCUGGCCCUCGGCAAAAGAGUGGUGUUGGGCGCGUUGGGGGUCCGGCUCGCGCCCCAACCGCCGCUCCCAGUCGCCGCGGCAUCGCAGAUCGUCGCGGCUCAGGCCCAGGCCCAAGUUCAAGCAGCCGCGGCCGCAGCCGCAGCCGCGCAAGUGCAAAACGCGGUCGCCGGAUACGGGAAGCUGUUCGCCAGCGGCUAUCCGACCCUCUCCGCCUAUCGAUACGCGCCGUACCCGAUCCCGGCAGCAGCGGUAGCGGCAGCCGCGGCCGCAGCGGCACCCGCGCCAGCGCCCGCUCCACCCUCCGCGGCGGCUGCAGCCGCUGCAGCUGCAGCGGCGACCCCCGCGGCCGCUGCCGCUGCCGCCACCGCGAACCCGUAUCAGGGAUACUCCCUCACCAACGUCGACAUGUCCAGCUUCCAGGGCGUCGACUGGGGUUCUAUGUACGGAAUGGGCAUGUACGUUUAAACUCCCGUCAUCGCAUCUUCAACGGCUGUCUCCGUUUUACCACCCUCUUCCCUCGUUCGUUUACCGUCUUCCCGAGGUACGACGCGCGAUUAGGGGUAAUAGCGAUGCGGAGAGGAAGAGCUGAAAGUCAAUCGUUCGCGUAUAUCCUCGGCGGUGCGCGAGGAUCCUCCCUGGCCGCACGGCCGAAUACCACCGGAGUCAUUCUUCUUGCGUUUACUACUCGUCGUUAUCGCUUGUCAAUUAAUUUAUUAGCAAGAGUGCGUGAGAUACGAGCGGAAGAGUUUGUACGCAUGAGUAACUAUAUGUAUGCACGUGUACCAGAGGAAAUGAAAUGUAAACGCGCGCGCAAUCACUGCGAUACACACUCGUUCAUCCUACGUGCGCGUUCUUUUUUUCCCCCCCUUUAUCAAGGAGAUCAUUUAACGCGUUAUUUUUUCUUUUUUUUUAAUUCUUUUUUAAUUGCGUUUUGCCACGUUCGGUUCCUAGUUAGAUUAGCGGGCAUCCAAGCACGAAACGAAAUAUACCGCGCUUGCGAGCGCGCGGUAACAAUCGGUUACUUAAUCGAAUAAGAGACAUCGGAGGCGGCCGCGAGCGACCGUGCUCCGUACUCAAAGAUCUCGACCACGAAGCAAUAAAACAGGGAAGUUAGAUCGUGAACCGGAGAAACGUAGGAGGAGAAAAUGUUGGAACGCGCGUAACUGCGAACGAGCUCGUCGACCGAUCUCGAUUUUCGCGUACGCUUCCAUUCUUUUUGUCGAACUUCCGGCGACGCGAAACCGAGCGAAUGCGCGCGAACGGCGUUUCUUCCUUCCUUCUUCCCUCCGUUUUCCAGAGAACGAGGCAGUUCUCCCGUUGUUCGUUCCGCGACACGCUCCUCCGCCUCGGUCAAAGUGCCAAACGAAGCCUGUGCUCGAUCGACCGUCGUUGAGUUCUCAACAAAAUUUUCGGUUCUCUCCGCCGUCGCGCGCCUUCGUUCCGCGAGAUAGGUCGGUCGCGUUCGAUCGCUCGCGCGUAGAUGAUAUGUACGCGAAACAAAGAGGCAAGAUGUACGUACAACCAGCGCAUACUUACGAGCGAGUUUAAAUACGUAGAACGGCGCAAUAAGUAUGCACAUAUAUUUUUCUUCGUGUAACGGAAGACAAUAUUUCUCCAUCGCGCGGAUAAGCACUGGGCGGCACGCGAUUCGAUCGCGGGACAGAGAGAGAAGAGACAUUUUUUCCGAAAGAUCCUCGUUUCUGGGCGUGCCGAGGAGUCGCCGACCCGGGCGACCGCACGGUAACGGAGAGGAACCCGAGAUUGAGAUUAGCUCAGCGUUUAACUGUUAAGAGACUCUAGCGUGUAAGUUUCAAGCAGGUUAACUUAGUACUUUAAGGUGUUCGUAAACGAAACGAGUCGAUACUUAAUUUAUACGAAUAUGUAUCCAGGCGCGUCGCGCUGUUUUUACCGUUCGCGAGCGAUCGAGGCGGCUGGCUCCGCGGAUCGAUCCUCCGACUCCUCCGAUUUCUCGUUUGCCCGUAACGAAAAGUUUAUCGAGAAAAUCCCGAGUCUCGUUGGAUAAUUCUGUCUGGCUCGCCCAUUGGGUAUGUCAGAUACGUUCGUAACUGUGUAGCAUCGCGACCAGGGGCCGGAAGAUCGACGGACAAGGCGGCCGCGCGUACGCAGCUGUCGCGACUCGCGUAAACUCGGGUGUUCUGAUUUGCGGUGAGAACAGCGCGAACGUCGCGAAACAAAUGUGAGAAAUUUCGAGCAAUAAGCGACCCACUGAAACUCUUAAGCUCUGUACCGUUUAAGUUUAACGAUACGAUAAUCGCGAAGAGUAAGAACGGGAAACGGGAGAGCAAAUCUAUACGCGCAGCAAAGCGUGAAAGAAUACUCGAUGGAGGUUCGCCGCUCCGGUGCGGCGAGCGGCGAUACUGGGAAGAGCGAGUUCUGUCUCAGACGACAAGUAAUAUUCUUUAGUGAUAUAAAACCUUAAACAUAUACUUAACUCUGUACUGUAACGUUAACGACGACAAAGCUCGUGAGUGAUAUUUAUGACUUAUAAGAUGAUACUUAGUCGAGUAAACGAGAGAAAGAGAGGGAGAGAGAGAGUGCGUGGGUGUGCGUGUACGAGAGAGCCUGAGAAGGACAGAGCGAGAGUGAAUCAGCGAGCGAGAGAUAGAGAGAGAAGACAAAAAGCACGCCUUAAAAAGUGAAAUUUGCGAAAGAAGCACGCGGGCAUUCCAGCGAAAAUGCGAGCGAACGAGAGAGGGACGAUCGUUCGACUACACGAGAUCAUGGUGUAAACCGAAUUCUAUUUUCCGCGAUAUCUGCGCGCGCUUCGAGAAGGGGUGCGCAGCUUCGAGAUAGAACGCGGGUGCGUACUCAAAGCUGACCUCGAGGACAUCCGGUACAUCGAUGUACUACGCUUCGACUCGUUCCCGCCGGGGAUCACGCUUCCUCGCGCGUGUACGCCCGCGUUCGAACGGACGCGCGCGCGAAACGUGCACCUCCGGCUCCCACUCCCACCCCGUACCAUCCGCGUACAAUCGCGAUUCUAUGUAGUACGUAUGUUUCUGUCUUUUUCGUCUCCUUUCCUCCGGCACCGCAACCGUUCUCCUCUUCCUCUUCCGUUUCCGUUUCCGUGAAGAACGAGAAAGGGUGAACUGAGACGACUAAAUCGAACCGAUGAAAGGUCUAGAGGGGACGUUUCGCCCCGUUCCUUCGUCGAUCCGGCUCGCGACCCAAAAGAUUUAUUUAAUACGGAUCAACACCCACGUACCUACUACCCCUUCUCGUUAAACGUUUUUCCCCUAAUUUCCGAAUUCCUCCCGACUGUUUUUCGCAUACCUGCCGGCGAUUAUGUAUUUUAUAUACGCUACACUCUCAUACAUAUAUACGCUGAAAAUGCACACACAUACACGCACACACACACACAGACAUACGUACAUUUAUACAGACGAACGUACACAUCUUUUGCGAAUGUCGAGAGUUAUUCUUAAUGUAGUUAGCACUUUUAAUGAUCGCUAACCACUCGUUAGUUGAGAAUGAUCAGUAGGUAAAGCAUGCUGACUGAUAUUAGAUCCUGAUUCCGUCGUUCCCUUCACCGCCCUCGUCGCGUCUCACUCGAUUUGAAUCCGAGAACACCCUUUUGUGUCUCGUCGCUCCGUCUUCUUGCCGACUUGCGAUCGAUCUUUUCUCGACAUACUUCGUUUCAUCACCCUUUUUUUUAAUUCGCUCUUAAAAUUAUUCGUUUCUCCGUUCAAGGCAACAUUUAAAUAAAUAUACGAACGAAUUUAGAAGUCCCAUGAUUCUCGAUACGUUUAUUACGAUUCGAAAGACGAGAGGACGGGUAGCUGCGGCUACGCGACGUACGCCGGUUCAUCGUUAUCCCGCGGGCAACGGAGCGAGACAGAGAGACUGGAUGAAAAGAGACGAAGAUAGAAAACAAUGCAUAAUCCUCUGUCCAUCCGCGUCCCACGUUCCACACGCUUACAUACGACUCCUGUUUAAGGGAAUUCGAUAUCAUCCCGUGCCUCGUAGUACGUCGUCGUCGUCCUGAUCGUAAUCAUCAUAAUCAUCAUCAUCAAUCAUCAUCAUUGCCGUUGUCGUCACUGUCAUUGUCAUCGUUGCUACUACUGCCAUUAUUAACGUUUUCAUUAUCGUUAUCAUUAUCGAGCGCGAUCGUCGAUUAUUCUACUCUGCAAGUACCCCUGCGUUAAAUAAUAGGCACCGUUCUAUAGCAGUCCCGUGCGAUUACCAAUCGAUCGAAUUCGACAGUUCGGAAACGAAUUGGUAAAGUCUAAUAACGAACGCGCUCUCAUUCUCGUUGCCGUUGCCCAACUUCGUCCCCGUCCUUCGUCCCCCUCCGAGCUCACUUUUCAUUUGUCUUUUCGUCUUCGUCUCCUUGUUCAUCAUCUAGUUUCACCCCCCCCCUCGGUUUUCGCUAAUUCGUCGUGCCAUAUGUGCGUGCAACGAGACGCGAGCGUUCUCCGCGAGCGAUAGGAAUAGAAAUACGCGCAAUAAAUUUAGCGAUCCUCGAUGUAGAAGGGAUCGAGGACCCGCGGCACUGUACCGUACAUAUAUCGAUGACAGCAGGAGUACGCAGGGCGGCGAACGCGAAUGAACGACAUGAACGACAGAUAAUUAAUUUAGUUCUACGCCUAGAUGAGUUGCCAAUAAAGUAGUUCGUUUCAAACUUGUAGCUAACCUGUAUUGUGUGUAAGACAUACCCCCUCGUCCUCUGUUGCUCCCCUUCUUCAACCGUAUAUAUGUAGGUAUAGUGUAUCUGUGUAUCUUGCCUAACCGAGUAUACUUUUGUUCACCUAUGUCGGAAGUAAUACUUAUAUGUAUUUCUCCUUAUUGUUUUUUUUUUUUUUUUUUUGGUGCUAUGUACCUACUUUGUCCUGUCGCCUACUCACCCACCCUCUGUAUCUACCCUCCGCGUCUCUAUUCGAUUAUACUUACACAUAAUUCGAUUCGACCAUUUAUUUUUCAUUUUUUCGUACGAUUAAUUUUCUUUCCACUUUCUUUUCCGUUAGUAUCCACUUCCACCCGUUCGGUCGGUAGCGUCGAAGGUCGACGCGACAACCGUCAACGGUCGACGGUCAACCGUCGAUGCCGGAGGCGAAGUGCCCCGCGGCCGCAUAGCUAAUUGGUUAAUUAAUAUUAAGCCGUAAUUAGUCUCGGUAACCCGCUGGGCACUCGUUUCGCGCCGCUUCCUGGUUGGUCGAAAACGCGUCGCAUUGCCCUUUGCUCUCGCUCAACGGUCUUCCCCGUUCGAUGUUUGUUCCCUAUCUUUGUUCGCGUCCACGCGCGGGACAGCCCCGGCGUUCAAUUAUCGAUGUAUCGUUGAAACGAAAGCGAGACCAUCGGGGCUGCGAUUCGAUCAAAGAGCGGCGUGUCGGUGAAACGCGUUGACCGUAGGCGACAUUUUUUUAACGUUACCACCCUGUUCCCGUUACCCCAUGUUUGCUUUUUGAGCGGUUUCAGAUAGCCAGCGGAUUUGUUGUAACGCAUGCAUCUUAGCUAGACCAUUCCUGGCGCACUCUAACCAGCAAGUAAGAGUAAAACUUUUAUAAUAGAAUAAAUUCGAUGUGAACACACAGUUGCUUUUCGAGAGAAGACCUCCCCGAGCGGGUCCACCUUGCCGUACCGCGCGAUUCACCCAGUCCGUCGUCUCUCGUUAAAAAGCGGGCGGCGACGGUUUUUCGUCGAGUAAUCGGAACCAGAGUCGGUGUUUAAACCGCGAGCAAGUCGAAUGUGUUCCAUUAAACUGAUUCAACUAUCCACUGUCCCUUUCGAUCCGUACGCUCGACCGAUGUUCGAUCGAGUCUUUGGAACGAUGGGAUGAAACCGAGAGAGACGGUUCAUUCGAGCGUACGGGGGAAACACCUGCUAGAUCCGAGCGUUGUUUCACGGGUCGAACGGAACUGGCCUAGAGAUGUAAAGGUCUAAUCGGCGCGAAAAUUUUUGCCUUGGAACCGAGUCUAGGUUCAGCGUAUGUACAUAUCGUUGUCGAGUUUACUUAGAUCGUAGAAUUCACUUUGUACCCGUAAACCUGUAACCGUAACACGUCGCGCCGCGGUGCGCGGAGGAGUUUUCAUCGAGAGAUCUAAGCGCGCCGCGAUGAAAGCGUUUCCCCGUGAAAGAGCCGGGCGGCGGACAAUGUCAAAAUGUUUUGACGGACCAAUUUCGGUGAAUGAGUACAACAUACGUCUCACCAAUUUUUCGAGCCGCGUCUCGCGAAUACAUAUCGACAGUAUCGACGCGCGCAACAUAUCGAGCGGCUGUAGCGAUCCACGCGUAUCGAAGGUCAGUUCCAUCGAUCCGCGCGGUGUACUUAAUUAGUCGAAGGAACGGCUCGGCUCCUUUCACUUCUCCUUCGCCGUUUUACACGAUCAUCGAUUCGACAGAGACCCGAGUGCCUUAAUCCGAUCUCCGUUGCCGAAGCUCCUUACCACAAUUUCCCCUGUCACCGUGAAACUCGAACAAAAGGAAAUCUACGACGAGAAGAGAAAAAGAGAGUCGAAGAGGGGAGAACCAGGAACGAUUUAGACGCAUAAAAAGCAGUAGUCGAGUGUCGAUGGUCAGAGAAAGAGACAGAGAGAAAGAGUGGGCGAGUGCGAGAAAGAGAGAGAGAGAGAGAGAAAGAAAGAAAGUAAGAAAGAAAGAAAGACAGAGAAAGAACCGCUUCUAGGGAUUCGAAUCGACGAUGCGCGGCAUUCACGGCGGCUAAGAACCAGGUAAGACACUAUUUUUUAUCUCUAUCAUUUUUUAUGUACUAUACGUGUAUACGGAUCGAUACGAAAAUUUUGGGACCUCUCGCGACCGAUCCAGUAGCCACUUCGAGUGACCCUCGGUCUUGCCAAGAUUUUCGGCUCGGUCCGCUUAAAUAGACGUGUGCACACGUAUUAAGUAUCACACAGAAGUUCGCAUCAUUUAACCGUAGACAUUUCACGUAGACGCGGUAGUCGUUGCGAGAUUUAGCGUAUUAGUUGCGAGCAUUAUUUACCGUCGAUCUGACGAAUCUCUCCGGCGCUUGUAACGAGCCGGAGGCCGAUACCCAUUUCUACCCACACGCAUCGUAAUACACAUAGUAAAUGUUGCUAGUCGUGAACCAAGCUAAAACCCAUCGAUGGCGUAGGCGUAGUUGCGAUAUGCGUAAACGAGAUAUAAUUUUGUUUCGUUGGUUUCACGAAUUCUGGAGGCUCGCUCGAUCGAGAACGAGUUUCGAACGAACUGCGCGUACCUAUUUAUUCCUUCUUCCGUUUUACAAACUUUUCUAUAUGCAAGUGUUAGACUCGUUCUUGAAUCGAGAGACUUGAACCGCUGUGACCGUUUGUUUCGGCAUAAUUCGAUGGCAGAACGUCGCAUUCGUGUAGUCGUCGACAGCCAGUAAACAGGCUGACGAGUAAGAACGGUGCAUGUGCAACGAUUUUGUACAUACAAUACUACAUAACGACACGUUUUCUCUGAACGAUUAUCUCGUGUUCGCGCGCAGUUCGAAGCGCCCGAACCCAAAUCCUUGAUGGGCAUACGUACUCCUCACUUACGUGCGCGUUCAUCCAGCGAGAGAACGUCCCGCAGAGUCUUUCGGUAGCGCGUGACGCGACGAUACGAGACGGUCGUACUAAAUAGAGGCAAAGCGAGGCCUUACCUUAAAUAGUAGCGUGUGCGUGAUUCGAGGAACGAGUUUUACCUUUGUAAAUCGCUCAUCUCGCCAACGAUCAUCGCCACUGCCAUCGCUCACCACCAGGUAUCCCUCGCCAUCGGUACCGUCGUCGUCUCGAAUCGAGCGGAGAUUCAAAAUCGGUUUCACGGUCAAGCUCUUUCCAUCGCGCUCGAGUCGAGUCGCAUCCGAGUACACGGAAGCUGCGACGGGACAUUUUCAAUGUUCGACGCGUCAGGAGAGGCUGCCUCGAGGGCGACGUUCCUUUCACGGAAAUAGUUGGGCGCACUUUCCUCUCGCGAGGACGCGCGAAAGCGAUGUGCGUGUUUUUCUUCCCUUUCCUUUUCAGAUUCACUUUUCGAGGCACACUUUCGAAAUGGGACCCGCGCGUUUUUCGUAGCGCUUUUUUAAGGCCGACAGAUGCGUGUCGGCGUCUUGUUCUUCCACUACAUAUAUACAUAUAAAUAUAUAGAUAUAUAUACGUAUAUUAUACGCGUACACGAGCAAACGGAUAAAUUAUAAAAUAUAAAUAUCUAUAUAUAUGUACAAAUAUGCGUAUAUGUAUAACGGGUAAUGCAUUUCACGAACAGCCGACUAAUAUUCGAGGACGAAGAACGAUUUUUCAUAAAGUCGUCGCGAUUCGACGAGGAAGCCAGGAGUCGAUGCUAGUUUCACCUACUGCGUUUUACCAAUACGACGGCGACGCGUUUGUCAUUCACGUCGAGGUGGUCAAUUAUUCGUCGAUCGUUUCGUUUUCAUUUCGAUCCUGAUCCAAGGAUCACGUACCAGUUCUAAUUCAUCCUAUUUUUUUGCGAAAAGAUUUACGUUCCACGGACUGUUCUCUUUUCGCGGCGCCCUGGCAAUGGGAUCGCGUUUUCUCCGUCGAAUCGAUGUAAAAGCUCGGUUUUUGUGUCACGAUUUUACGCUCUAAAAAUUGCGGACGAAGCGCGUGGGCUGAAGUGCAAAAAAAAAAAGAGAGAAGGCGAAAAUCGCUCGUUAAACCUCGACGAUUCGGCUGAAAAUGAGACUCGAGAGACUUUCGGCAUCGAAAUAAGCAUGCCGAUGAAUCGUCUCUCACGGGACCGCGAUCGACGUUACUUUUUGUACAUACGCGCCGGAUUUUGAUAAACUAUAACGAUACGAAAUUUAGAAACGAUUAGACUUGGUCGUAUGAUCCUCGACGAGGGAAUAAUAAAAAAUGAGAUGUUAUUUCAGGUUCGUUCGAAAUUCUAAAUAACGACCAUUACCUAAAAGUCGCCUAGAGUUUGUCACCCGUACCGAUAUAGGUGUUAAAUCGCGUACGCGAUAUUCCGUAUAAGUACAUAUAUUUUUUUAAUCUAAUCGAGAUACGAACGUUGUUAGAAACGCGAGGGUAGGCGCGAUAUCACACGUCGCGAGAAUCAGAGUUCUUCAGCGUUCUGAUCGUUGAUCGCGGUACAGACGGUUAUCGAUUUCGUUUGAGUAGACGUAGCGUAAUCGGCUAGUACGAGACUCGAUUUUUUUACACCGGUUCUCGGUGGACACGCGUACAUAGAUCGCGAGUGUACAAAGUAGGGGCAUAUUUCGAACUCAAGUCCCGUUUCGUCGAUCGCGAUUCGAAAGCUAGAAACGACUAGGUUCCCCUUUUCUCUCGUUUAGCGCGUAGCCGAUAGUAACGACCGUUAGGCUAGAUAGGUCAUUUCGCGACGUUGAACGUUUUCUUAUCAUCAACCAUCGGACAGUUCCAAGCAAUAACGUUUUCGCGUCAUUCACGUCCCAUGAGUUGCAUCAUCGUUCAGCUGCUACCGUGUACAGUGGCGAUAGUACUUAUAGCGCGUCGAAUCGUACUCUUUCAUUCCGCGAGUCGGCUUCUCAGUCAGUCACGGAGCCUCAGAGGUUUCGAAAAAGCUUAUUCCCGUUGGUUGAUUCUUGCUUCCCCGAUUGCGCUUGAGUGAUACGCGAUUCCGUACGAUAGGUCGACGACGCGCGCGUUCAUUGGAAGGACGACAAAAUCUAAAACUCCGAGUAAGUUUACCCAGACACCGCGAACGAACACAACCGUAGUACUUAUAGUCGACUAGUUAGAUAGACGAGAAUAGUAAGACGAGCGUAGCGCGAGCCCAUCUAAUCAAGUUACCCGGUUUAAUGGGUGAGCGAUAAAUCGAGACAGUAAUAAGCGAGGAUCGGUUAAUUAGUAGUGUUGAUCGCAGCGAAAUAGAAGAGACAUAGACGGUGACACUGCGAGAGAGAAAGAGUAAGAGAGAGAGAGAGAGAGAGAGAGAGAGAGAGAGAGAGAAAGGGAGAAAGAUACGGCUGUGUGUCGGAGUGCGUUGUUUAUCGAAUGCGAGGGAGAGAAUGGAUCGAGCGACAGGGAAAGGGAUGUCGAAAGAAUAAUUAUCGAGGUAUUUACUACAGGUAAACUGGUUACUGUACCUGUUGUUGUUGAAGACAUUAAAAACACUCUUAUUCCACGCUAACAUCGCUUGAUGAUAUCUAUUAUUUCCAUUCCCUACUACACCAAGGAGCCCGGGACAUUUAUAUUCGACCACGAAUCUCAUUUCCUAACGCGAGACACCUCGGCUCGACGCGUGAUUCGUACAAGAUUUUAUAAAAGUUGUAACGGAGAGUCGAAGGACCGAUACUAUCCCCCUGUACUCUACAUUCCCGUUAAAUAAAUAUGUGGUUAUAUGUGUAGUGUAACGUAAAAUAAAGCACCACGUUGCAAUUAUCGAUCUGUCGAUGCGCGCGCGCGCGCGCGUGUACAUACAAUAUAUACAUAGAUCCAUAUUGGUAAUCGUUUUGUAGUAGUUAAUUGGCCCCUGUUUGCGCUGCUGGCCGUGUUUCGAGACGCUCUGUCGCCACCGCGUCAACAGCUCUCGAAUUUUCACCGUUCGAGGACAGGUGUAUGUGUCUCUCUUCCCUUUCGUAUGGCCAGUAGUGCACAUCUGUAGCUACAUGGUUUUCUCCCGAUCCCCAGCUCCCACCCACCCCGUACCUUGGUCGUUUCUUCGUAACAUUUUCAGACGAUCCAAACUGUAACUUGAACGAAGCAUGAAACAACUGCGUGUACAUUAACUUGCGAUUCGUGUAGGGCUUACUCAUGAUAUUAUCAUAAUUAGAGACGAGAUACACGACGACUGUUCUUUACGAAACGGUAGGGUUCACGCGACGAGGGGAAUUAGCGGUCAAAGGUGAGUGACAAUAAAAGAGGGAUAAUUAUUUUUCUGCACAGUCUCCGCGAAAGCUCUUUAUCCCUCUGACAGCUACGCGAGAUAGAGUUAAAUCGACGUGUGUGCGUAACGUGACGUUAGGAUGUAAUAUCGAUUUUAACGUUUGGUAUUCACUUUGUUUCUCGAUCACGAACCAGUAGCUUGUUCGAGUAACACGUCUCACUCGAAUCGAGUGUCUACGACCUACGACGAGCAGACCGUAUGAAAACUUUUUCGAGAGGACUUUGGUUUUGGUGAUUGGUGCAAGAGUAGUUAUUAUCGUAAAACAACAAUUAAUGAGACUUAGAGAAUUUUUUUCUUCUUCAUUCGAUCACCGACUGUGUACUCAGUCAGAUCGACGAAUCGUUCUAUCGCGAGUCGCUGAUCGAAUAAGAUUUAGAUUAAACAACUUUUGUAUAUUGAUCCGAUAGAAACGAUCUUGUGAGAAGACCCGCGCGUGCACGGAGCGCAUCGUCCAGUCCGAGGACAGAUACAAACGAGAAGAGUUCCUUUUUCAUUAAUAUACGAAUACGCUUAAUAAAAGCGAGGGACGUAGAUGCUCUGUGAACGCGCGGGGACCGAAACGAACACGUUCUUUCAUUUCUCACGAUACGAGUAACCCUUGUUCGAUUAACUUUCUUGCCGCAUCGUAGACAGUAGCAGUCCUUUUAAUACUUGAAACAACUUACAUACUCUUUUAGUAUAGUUGCAGCUGACGUAAUGGAUAAUGUUUUAGAGUCUAAGUAGAGAGACGUUUAUGUAUACGUAUAUACUUACUUACUUACUUACUCACUUAUACUUAAUUUGGUCGAGAACGUGGCCGCUGGUAUAUAAUAAAACCCGUAGAAACAAGGAAAGGAGAACGCGCGCCUCGAGAAGCGCGUGUCUCUGCAACGAAUUUCCAAAGACGAGCGUAUCGCGUGGCGUUCGCCGAACAAGUUCGCGAUCGUCGAUCGACGAGGUCGGUCGCCUCUUCCGACAGAAAUUUUCUGUGAUAAAGCGGGCGUGAGAGGAAUUUCGAGAUCGAAGACGCGCCCGAUCUCUCGGCGUCGCGCGGUGAUCCGAAGCUCAACAACGAUGUGGCCUAUUUUAUACGAGGGCUAGCAUGUAGCAGAAGCGAGUUAGUCACGGUUAGAAUUAUAAAGGGAUAAGCAUUGCACUUAGGAUAGGAUAAUUUCUAAUGAACGAUUCCGGAGCGUGCGAAGUAACUUCGAGGGAAAACGAAACAUUCCGCGAGUCGACACGCUCGCUCUAUAUUUCCAUGCUCUAUAUAAAAAAAAAAAAAAA